AGGGGCCAGUAGUUUACGACGCAUAAGACAAACCAAAACCAGUCUUAGUUCGUAAACAGUCAGCUCGCUAUGAACGAUGGUAUGUGUUAAAUAGAAAAAACAAUAUUAUUUUCUAAAAAAAUGAAUGUUAUAUGAAUUGAAACUACUAAAACUUUAAGAAUAUUUGGUCUAUCUACGAACAAUGAAGAGUCCACAAUUAGGACUAAUACAGCUGUUUUUAUUACCUCUUUUACUGGCGUAUACUGAAGGCCAAGCAUGUUUCGAACCCACAGAUUCCGAUCCAUACCUCUUUUUCUCACAUAAAACAGCAUAUCAGCUAGUCUACAACUCAAAAUUUAAGCCCGUACCUUAUUGUCAGCCGAAAUUUAUAUGGAUGUUUAUCAGACAUGGCACAAACUACCCGACUACUAAUGAAUCCUUAGCAAUUCGCCAGUUGCAUUUGUUCAAAGAUAGAGUGAUAAAAAAUCACGAAGAACGUCAUGAUGGAAAUUUGUGUAGAAAUAUACUGGAUAGUUUAAAACGAUGGGAGUUUGAAGUAAGUCCUAUGUCUGAAGAUGACAUUUCUCCUCAAGGAAAAAUGGACAUGCGUUUGAUGGCUAAAAGGAUAAAAGAUAAAUUAAGUGGAUUGUUGGUUAACAAUAUUAACCAAAAUACAUUCAAAUUUCUUUCUAGCGAGGAUCGUAAAAUGAUGAACAGCGCUGAAGAAUUUUCUCGUUCAAUGUUUGGAGAUGAUUUUAGAUCGAUGAUAUCAAUUGAUACUGUGUCAAGUAAUUCUAGUUUUAUUGGAUUUGAGGAUUGUCCAAAACAAGAAAUUCCAAAAAAUGAAGUUCAUCCAGAGGCUGUAAAAUUUAGAAAUUCACCAGAGUAUUUGAAAAUGGUUAGCCAAAUCAGUGCCAGGUUGGGCUUCCGGGAUAACAUAACUGACUCUAUCAUACACGCUAUGUAUGAAUCAUGUCGCUAUAAUAAAGCAUUGGUUUUAGAUUCUUAUCCGGCAUGGUGUAACUUGUUCACUAGACAGGAAUUACAAAUUUUAGAAUAUUAUGAGGAUUUAGAUUUUUACUACAAAUACGGAUAUGGAGUUGAUUUCAAUACCAAAGUAGGAUGUCCAAUGGCCCAAGAGAUAAUGAAUUACUUAAGUGAUGCAUCAAAACAACACAGUGACUCACCAACAGCUGUAUUUAGAUUUGGCUCAUCCGCCGGACUCUUGGCAACUUUAAUUGCAUUAGACAUAGCAAAAGAUUCAGUACCAUUAACGAGUGAUAGUUAUUAUUUACAAAAUCGUCGACAAUGGAAAAUGUCUCAAGUAGAUCCGUUUGCUGGAAACUUAGCUGUUAUAUUUUACAAGUGUGAUCAAGGUGAUGAUGAAAACAAAGUAAUGUUUUAUUUAAAUGAAGGUGUAUAUGAUUAUCCAGGAUGUAAUGUUGGUCUAUGUUCCUGGAAAUUUUUGGAAAAUAAAUUUAAACAUUACCUUGAACAAAGAAAAUGCAUUGAUGUUUGCCAUGAUCGUAAUUUAGCAUCUGGCAUUCAACAUUUUUCUAUUCUGAUAGUUAUACUAUUAGCUGUUAAUAUUAUAUUUGUAAGCUUAUAAAAAUAGUAUGUACAACUAGCAAUUGUAUAUUAUAUAAAACUUCAACUACCAACGUGAUAUAUAUUGUCAUAUAAGUUAUUAUAAUUUUUCGUUUAGCUACAUUACUAUAAUUUACAUUACAUAUAUUAUCCGUGAUGUGAAAUCAUAAAGGAAUACAAAAAGAGCCACUCUUAUCCUGUAAAAGAGAGAACCGUUAAAGAUGUAAGUUUCUUUUCCUAAAGAAAUUAAUGUUCAUCAUAGUAAAAUACAAAUGCGCACGUGUGUAUACUUUAAAAAGUUUAGAGAUCUCAAAAAUUGUAUUUGUUAAUGAUAUAAAAAUAUUUUAUACUAUAAUGUAAGAUGAAAAAAAUCGUAUGCAAUCCUUCUUCUGAUUAAUCUGUCGUAUUUCGGAUUAAACAAGUAGAUAGAAUAAUUGGAUUUGUUCAUAAUAAUAAAAGUGACUAUAGUUUUA